UUUUUUGACAGCUGAUCUGAGGCAGAGAGCCGGGACCUGUCAGUCUAGUGGCUGAAGAAUGUCAUCGCCUCGCCGAGAGCUGGGUGGCAGUAGACAUGACAGGCGGGACGGAGAUCAUUAUACCGGACUCAGGAGCAGUGUUCACCUUUGGGAAGAGCAAGCUGAGGGAGAAUGUGCCCAGUCGUUUCUGGCUGAAGAGUGAUGUCCCUGCACGCAUCUCCUGUGGUGACGCACAUUCCGUCCUGGUGACGGCACAGGGACGCCUGUACGUGUUUGGCAGUAACUCCAGCGGUCAGCUUGGCUUGGAGACAAAAGGAGCUUUAAGUAAACCUACAAGUGUGAAAGCUCUGAGGUCUGAGAGAGUGGAGUUGGUCGCCUGUGGAAGGAAUCACACCAUCAUCAGCACCACCCGAGGACAGGUCUACACCACAGGAGGAAACAGGAGUGGGCAGCUGGGCCUUGGUCACCAUGAGAACCGAAGUGCCUUUGAGCAGCUGCAGCCCUUCUGUGGGCGUGCACCAAUCAAAAUGCUCGCAGCUGGGAGCAAAACCUCCGCUGCCCUGACAGUCGAUGGCAGGUUGUUCAUGUGGGGUGAUAACUCUGUGGGACAGCUUGGCCUUGGGUCCGUCAGCGAAGCCUUGUUUCCAUGGGAACUGAAACUGGGCCAACCAAUCUCAUGGGUCUCCUGUGGAUUCAAACAUUCCGCCCUUGUCACAGAUGAUGGAGGUUUGUUUACCUUUGGGGAGACUUCCGGUGGGAGGUUAGGCCUGCCCCCUGAUCAGCUGGCCAAUCACAGAGUCCCUCAGCUGGUGAACAUUCCAGAAUGUGCCCAGAAGGUUGCGUGUGGAGGUGCACACACACUGGCCCUGACAGAGGAGGGCCUGUACUCAUUUGGUCGAGGGGAGUGUGGUCAACUGGGUUUAGGGACGUUCAUAUUUCAGGUUGACCUGCCCACAGCUGUCAAUCACACAGGAAGAGGCAGGAUCAGGCACAUUACCUGCGGGGACAACCACACUGCCAUUGUAACAGACAGUGGUCUUCUCUAUACAUUUGGAGAUGGUCGUCAUGGGAAACUAGGCCUUGGAGACGAGAACUUUGCCAACCAGUUCAGUCCAACUCUGUGCCAGCGCUUCCUCAACUUCUGCGUGCAGACAGUGGUGUGUGGGGGCAGUCACAUGCUGGUGUUUGCGCGGCCGCGGCCGGAGGAGAUGGAGGUGUGUGUGGAACAGGAUGAGGUCACGCCCCCUUACCUUGAGCCAGCCGUCUCCACCCUGUUGUUGGGACCGCCCCCCGAUGUCUCCUCCAAUCCCGUCACAAUAACCAGCUCUCAGCCCGCCCCUCAGCACAAUAGCCUAUUACCACGAGCCAGGCGCAGAGAGAGGGUGGGAUCAUAUGAAGGUUUCGGCCCAAUCCAGAACGUUCCUCGUCUUACGCCUCAGCCUCUUUCCCUGACCCCCACCGGCCCCAGACCAGAUCCCAGAGCCUCGGAGGAGGAGGGCUCCCCCAAACGAGCCCCCAAAACGCCCCUCAAGCGCACCCCCAGCGCACCCCCUCCCGAUCUGCCCACAGACACCCCCAAACGCAAGGCCGGCACCCCCAAGACUCAGCCUGGUAAGAUGGCAGCCAAACCUGUGGAGAAGAAGCAGGAAGCAGGCACUGAUUCACCUGUACAGAGGCCUCCCAAGGACGUUGCUGAGGAAACGGUAGCCAUGGAUGCGGAAACAGAAGAGCACCUCUCCUCCCCCAAAGCAAAAACUGAGAUUAAACCUGCACAGGUGAAAGGUCAAAGUGCAAAGGUCAUGAAAGGGCCAGUUGAGGUUGUUUCCCUGACAGGGAGAGAAUCAGAGAAACCAAGGGAGAGUCUCAGGAGCAAGAUGUCUGACCACAGCCAAUCACAACAAACAGGGAAGGUCACAGAGGUCAAAUCUGAGGUGAAGUCUGCCACAGCUAGGGUAAAAGAAGCCACAUUGGCCGCUGCUGAAAAAGUCGGGGAAAGGAAGUCUGCCCCACAGGAGGACAGGUCAAGCCCAGAGGAACGCCACAGGGUCAAGUCUUCCUCUCAGAAGGAGAAAGACACCAAGAAAACCCCUGUCAGAGUUCAAAGGGAUGCAAGUAGCUCGUCUGACAAAGAUGAGAGUGUGUCUAAAGAUGAUGUUUCACAUAAGAGUGUCUCAGAAGAUGAUGAGAAAGAGGACUCAGACAAACAAACACUUUUACUGAAGGACAAGAAAAUCAAAGACUCAUUGGCAAAGAGCCAAUCACCAUCCAGAAGAGAAGCCAGCAAAUCAGUGGAAAAGAGGGCCAAGGCAGGCAACCAAUCAACAUCCAGCAACAGGUCUACCCCAGAUAAUAGCCAGUUGCUGUCUAGUCCAUGGUCCACCCCAUCCAAAACAACACCUAAGAUCCCAAAGUCAAGCCAAGGUCAAACUGAUCAAUGGACAGCAAAGGCUGGCAGCCAACCAGCAACCAAGAAGAUCUCUUCUCCAGUGAACAGCCAAUCAUCCUCCAGUCCAUGGGACACUCCAACCAAUAGCCCAUCAAAAUCAAGACGGAGGCCCGCCGCAGGAAAGGGGGGUCAUGACAGUCCCAAAGAGCCGCCGCUUGUAACAGAAACCGCUCACACACAGGAGGGUAGUGCAACAGGUGGCAUUCUGGGAAAUGUAGUUUCUGCUGUGGCAGGUGUAGCACUGACCGGCUCAGCAGCACUGCUGCAGGAGAUGGUCUCACACACGCCAGACGACACCACACACAGGACUACGACUCCUCAGGACCAAUCAGUAGCCAGUGGCGAACAGGAAGCAACGGACGCAAAGCACCAAUCAGGAUGGAGAAAGCGAGUCAGGAAGGCAGUCCGUUCUGAAGGACGACAGACACAAUGUGGGAGGGCAAGAAAAGAAGGAGGAGAGCGAAGACUGGAGCUUAAGCAUCAGUGAGGGAGAGGAGGAGCAGGGAGAGGAGGAGGAGGAAGGAGAAGUGGAGGAGGAG